AUGCAUCUAUUCGUUGCUUUUAUUUGUCGUUCAAUUGCCAAAUUAGUUUUUAUUCAUCUUAUUGUUGGUGGUUAUACACGUACGAUGAUAUCAUAUACACAAGAUAAAUGUGGAAAUAUUGAAGUACAUUCAAAAUCAUCGAAUUUAUUUCAUGUAAGUUUAUAAUUUUAUUAUUAUAUAAAAACUAUAAAUAAAUUCUAAUUAAUGAUUUUCUUUUUGUAAAAGAAAAUAUACGAGCUGUUUGAUAAGAUUUUUUGAUAAUUGAUUUUCAAGGAGAAGACUAAAAAUAUUUCACGAAGGUUUUUUUUCUCGAGAUAUGAUGUAAUAAUAAGAAGAUACAAUAUUCUAUUAUACACUUGACUUUGUUUGUUGUUUGUAGAAUUUUAACAGUUACAGGAAAAUCUUCAUUCUACGUAUGAGAAGUAGAAGAAUACACUUACGUUUCGGGUACCUUGUGAUAUGGGAUGCUGUCUAAUGACAUAUUCAAUAAAGCGAUUUCUUCUCUAAGAUUAAUGCUAGCUGUAGAUUUGGACAGAACACCAGCUUGACGAAGAGUUCUUGAGUUCUUCAUAUACACUAACUAACUACAACAAUGGAUGUAUGUCACAAUGUAAUCAGUAUGCUAUUGGACGGAUGAUUCAAGACAAAUAGUUGCUAGUGACUUAUCCAGAGUUAUUUCGUGCCUGAUGAUAUUGAGGUUUGAACACAAUAAUUUGUAUAUAUAUAUCGGACUACAUAGCCACUCAACCAUGACGGCUGUAUCAGAAUUCAAAUAGGUUUAGUUCGAUUCCAAAAUAAAAAACACCCGAAUCAAUCUCAUCUCUGCUGCAUAUGAUGAUUUCAGCUGCAUUAUUAUAAUUUUGCUUGUCAAGAAUAUUUACAUGCAUCGAGUUACCGUUGUAUUUUGGUAGGUUUAUUUCGUGUUGUAAUACAAAAGUUCGGUUGUGAAACAUUAUUUAAACGUAUCAUUGAUUGUAUAUGAAUAACAUCUUCUUAUACUAAAAGAAAUAUUUUUUAUUAUUGCAUAUCUCGAGAAAAAAAUAAAUGAUGGUGAAGAAAUGUGUUCCAAAAUCAUUAGAGUAAAACAAUUUUCUCUGUAAUAAGUAUUGGUAGCUACAUUGUGUUUUACAUUAUAGUCUUGCAGCAAUAAAAACUGAGAAGAAAAUUACACUUUAUAUCUUAAGAGAUAGUCUAAGAUCAAUUUCUAAAUACUACAAAUUUCAAAAAAGAAAGUGAAGUUAGAAGACUGUUUGCAAUAAAAAUAAUCAAGAUAAUCUUCCAUGAAAUAUUAAUUAUCUUUAGGGAUAUAACGAUGACGAAGAUUAGCCGCGUCCAAUGCUCACCCCUAAUAGCGGUGUACUGAUCCGGACAUGCAUGUGGAGAAUCAACAGUGAUUUUGCAUUUGUUUCGACUUUUAUCAUCGGAGGAAGUCUACUUCAAGAAAAUAGCUGAUUUUUCUAAAACAAAUGACUAAAUGGUAAAAACUACGUUUUUCUCAAACGAGAAGAUCGCACUCAAGAAUUUCUGCAAACCUCGUAAAGAUUUGUAUUCCUAUAUCCUGAAAAUCGUUAACCUAUUUUUAUAAAGUUCAGCUGUUUUCUUGAACUAUUCUUCUCAACUGAAAUAAAUGCGAAAACCUCGGAUUUAAAUCCGAGUGUUAUGUGUACUUCAAAAAGUGAAAAGGUAUAUUCACUGUGUUUUUUGUCACUAAAUUGCAAGGAGAAAAUACAGACGUGCUAAGUUAGCAUGGACCAUACUGUAUGCGACCCUAUCCGGUGACCACUGACUCUACUCUCACAGUGAUAUUAUAUCUUUAGAAAUCACA